AUGGGGAAGAAGCCGCGGGCCGCGCCCGGCCGCCGGCCCAUCCUGCAGCUCUCACCGCCCGCGCCGCGCCGCGACGAGGCCGCGGGACCCGCAGGCGACGGGGUGGAAUCGGGCUCCGAACCGGAUGAGCCCGAGGCGGUGGCGGAGCCCCCACGCAACCCGCCCAACCCGCCACCCCCCGCGCCCGCCGCCGUCAAGGCCACAGGAGGUCUGUGUCUUCUGGGAGCCUACGCUGACAGUGAUGAUGAGGAAGGCGAGAACGUGGAAAAGCCGACCCGUUCCAUGGAUGCCAAUGGCAGCAAUUCCACCGACAUUGACAGCACCCUGGCCAACUUCCUGGCUGAGAUCGAUGCUAUCACAGCUCCCCCACAGCCCACAGAGCCCACCACUGCCUCCUCCUCCUCUUCCUCCUCUGCACCCCCACCCACACCCCCCCGGCCGGAGCCGAAGGACUCAGGUACGGGCCCGUCCGCAGGCACAGCCAAUGGAGCGGGCGCAGCGCCGGCCCCGGAGUGGCAGUACGACACCCAGUGCUCGCUGGCCGGAGUGGGAGAGCUGGAGAUGGGUGACUGGCAGGAAGUGUGGGAUGAGAACACCGGCUGCUACUACUACUGGAACACCCAGAGCAACGAGGUGACCUGGGAGCUGCCGCAGUACCUGGCGACGCAAGUCCAGGGCCUGCAGCACUACCAGCACAGCAGCACCGUUGCAGGUGCCAACGGCAGCUUUGUGGCAGCCACCGAGCCGUUCCCGCAGGAGAAGGGGGCCCCGGGCAGCGCCGGCCGCGGGACCAGCCUCGGCAAGCGGGAGGUGAAGAAGGAAGUGAACGAGGGCGUGCAGGCCCUCUCCAACAGCGAGGAGGAGAGGAAGGGCGUGGCUGCAGCCCUCCUGGCCCCGCUCCUGCCCGACGUGGUGAAGGAGGAAGAGGAGCGCUGGAGGAGGAAGGUGAUCUGCAAGGAGGAGGUCGAGCCACCUCCGGAAGAGGAGGCGAAAGCAGAAGAGGCGCCGGCUGUCCCCGAGGAGCCAGAGCCCAGCAGGGACCCGCUGGAAGACACGGGGCAGGAGGAUCUGUGCAGUGUGGUGCAGUCGGGGGAGAGCGCCGAGGAGGAGGAGGAGGAGGAGCAGGACACGCUUGAGCUGGAGAUGGUGCUGGAAAGGAAGAAGGCAGAACUGCGUGCCUUGGAGGAAGGCGAUGGCAGCGUCUCAGGUUCUAGCCCGCUGUCCGACAGGAGCCAGUCGGCCUCGCAGGAUGCAUCCCGCAGGCUGGCCUCCAAGAGAGGGAAAUGGAAACUGCUGGGGGGAGCCGCCAGCCCCGAGUCUGCCAGCCGAGGCUCCAGCAAAACGGGCCGGGAGAGCCCAGAAGUGGGAGAAGCAGCCCCGAGCGUGGAAGCAGCUGAUCAGAGCUCAGACAAAGAGGCAGAAUCUGAGGAGCCCCAGGAAAAAGCAAAAUCCCAAGGGGCUCCAAAAAUGGAAGAGGAGGAGCAGGACCUAAAGUUUCAGAUCGGAGAGCUGGCAAAUACUCUGACUAGUAAAUUGGAGUUCCUGGGCAUCAACAGACAAUCUAUCUCCAACUUCCACAUGUUGCUGUUGCAGACAGAGACCCGCAUUGCAGACUGGCGAGAAGGUGCUCUCAAUGGAAACUACCUCAAACGCAAACUCCAAGACGCAGCCGAACAGCUUAAACAAUACGAAAUAAACGCCACCCCUAAAGGCUGGUCCUGCCACUGGGACAGGGAGCAUAGACGCUAUUUCUAUGUUAACGAGCGCUCGGGAGAGUCGCAAUGGGAGUUCCCCGACGGGGAGGACGAAGAGGAGGGACAGCGAAGUGCCGACAGAAAACCCGACGGUCCUCCUAAACCCCCCCCCAAAGACAAAGGAGAGCGCACUGAGGAGCCCGCCGAGCGCCCUGCAGGCUCCCUUUGUAAAGAAUCCUUCUCAGGCCAAGCUCCUGCUACGUCUCUCAUGCCGCUCACUCCAUUUUGGACUCUGCUUCAGUCCUCUGUCCCGGUCCUCCAACCUCCCUUGCCUUUGGAAAUGCCUCCGCCGCCUCCGCCUCCCCCAGACUCGCCACCGCCGCCCCCACCACCACCCCCACCACCUGGAGAAGAUGGGGAGAUCCAGGAAGUGGAGAUGGAAGAUGAGGGGGGUGAGGAGCCACCUGCCCCAGGAACAGAGGAGGAUGCUCCCUUAAAGUCUCUGGUGCGCCCCGCUGCCAGCAGCAGCCAGAGUGCCGUCGAACCGAGCCCGGCUCCACUGCUCUCAGCCAAGCCGCAGAAGAGGAAAGCUGUGGAGAUGAGCCCGGGACUGAUGCAGCGCACGGCCACCAUCGGCAGCUGCCCCGUCAUCUACAGCCAGCCCCUGAUGGCUACCAGCAAGUACCAGCCAUCAGCCAUGCCCUUGGCCUCCCUGCGGCCCCGCCAGCGCCUCCAGAGCGACAUCCAGGGCCGCCCCAACCUCCGCAUGGCCCCGGGCCACGCCAGCCCCCAGCCCACGGCACUGGGGCUGCAGUCCAGCUACCUGGGCGUGACGGCUCCCGCCGCGCCUUCCGUGAUGGGAUACUCGGAGUGCGCCACUCCCGUCAGCCUGGGCACCGCGGCUGCCACGCAGCCCGCCCCAGCACGGGCAGCCCUGCCUGCCACUGAGCAGCCGCCACCCCCACCACCCCCACAGACACCCCCGCCGCCUGCCCCCAAGGCCCCCCCGCCACCAGACAAGGAGAAGCCGAGGAAGGGGCGCAAGGACAAGGGCAAGAAGGGCAAGACGAAGAUGCCGUCGCUGGUGAAGAAGUGGCAGAGUAUCCAGCGGGAGCUGGAUGAGGAGGAGAACUCCAGCUCCAGCGAGGAGGACCGGGAGACCACAGCGCAGCGGCGCAUUGAGGAGUGGAAGCAGCAGCAGCUGAUGAGUGGCAUGGCGGAGAGGAACGCCAACUUCGAGGCGCUGCCCGAGGACUGGCGCGCGCGGCUCAAGCGGAGGAAAACAGCCUCGAGCACCUGAGGCACGUGGUGCCACACACCAAGCUCUUCUCUUUUUUUUUUUACAGAUGUACAGAUCCCUUUACCGUUGUCCAAUAAAUUGUAGCAGUUUGGGAAGGGC